UAGGGAACAUUGCUCGGCAGAUCAAAUUGUUAGCCAUGAAUUCUAUCUGUGGAAUUAGUUUUUGUAUCCAUUGCUGUUUGGGCCUUCUACUUUCCACUGAAUUAUGUGGCGCAGAACAAUCUUAUGUUUGGCUUACUGGCGAUGAGAAUUUCAAUAUUUUUUCACUUGAUAUAAACCGGAGCAAUGAACAAGAGUUCUUUUGGAUAUUCAACACAACUAUUGGCAGGAGGAUCAAUGUAUCCAUAAAAGAGUUUGACUUCGAAAGAGGACAUGUUUUCAUUACAAUUGGUGAUGGGACUGAAAUAGAUGGAGGUAACGCAAAUUUUGACUCCACAUCAACUUACACUCAAGUAGCAAGAUUCAGUGGAUCAGAUCCACCAAGUUUAGUGACAUCAGUAAGCAAUGCAGCAUGGAUAAGAAUUACAGCCAGGCGAUUCUACUUGAAAAUGGAUUUUAAUAUAACCAUAUCGUCUACCAAAAUGUCAGAUAUAAUUGAAUUACAAGAGGGUGAUACGAUAUCGCUCAGAUCAAUGCCUAACCCGUCAAAUUACCCAAACAACGACUAUUAUCUAUGGGAUAUCCGAACACACAAAGGCUACGUCAUCGAAGUUAUUGUAAGAUCAUUCGACGUGGAAAACGGGCACGACCACGUGUACAUAGGUGAUGGCGUUGAUAGCUUUACAAACCAAGGAUUAAAAUGGCGAGACUGGACAGGAUUAUGGGUGAAUGAGGUCCUAGAAUCACAAGACUUCAUAUCAUCUACCAAUUCUAUCACCAUGAUCUUUACCACUGAUUAUAGCGCAACAAGAUCAGGAUUCUGGAUCCAGCUACGAGUCGCUAAGAAACCAGGUCCAAUAUCAGACGCCCUUAUGUUCAAGUGGGUAGCCAUUAUAUCAUCCAUUUUGCUCCUGGCCAUUCUUACCUGCGCGGUCCUAACAUAUAAACGACGGAAACAGACAACACGUAAUGGCACGGACACUACGGCCAAGUCAGACAGACUGCACAACAUGCAAGACGAAGAACCUACGGGAGAAAGAAUACAGGAAUCUUCCACUGACCCUGAUUCUCUUCCUGGUAGACCGUAUGAAACUAUCCCUGAAUACCUUCUAGCUCAAUCCCAUAGUCCUGUGACGGGACACUCUAAUUGUUCAGUAUCUGGUCCUGAUGAACGAGUAGAUGAGUUUGGAUACAUGAUUCCAGACAGAGACGACGGAGGAGAACUACCUGAUGAACAAUCACCAGUCAGUCGGGAUGGUUAUACAGAUAUCAAUCACACAUACUUGGAUACUACCCUUUCUAGUAGUCAGCAAGAAUAUCCUCACACCUACCAUAACUACGAAAGUUCUAUGAUGACGAUGAAAAGCUUCGGAGAGAAUGAUGAACAAUUGUCGAUUCUUUUUGUGCUACCAGAUUAG